GACAGAGGGGGGAAACAGAGCGCGCUCCUGCCUCACGACCGCACCGGCCGCCGCCGCCGCCGCCUUUACGCUGCUAGGUUUCCUCAUAGUCCUCCUUGUCUCCUUUCUUCUCGGCCUCCCAGUACGGUGACGGCGGGCGAGCGUCGCGGUCCGCGAAAGCGAGCACCUGGGCAGCGGCGAGUUUCGUUCCAUGGCGGGGCACUUGCUGGUGGCGGUGACGGGGAGGAGGAGAAGAUGGUGGGAAGCGCCAUUGUUUGCGGCGGAGCAGCGCGCGACGCUGGUUAACGUGAAGCUCAAGCUGGUCAAGGAUCCGGCACUCGACGGGGCGCUGUCGCGCCAGCGCCACCUCCGCGCUGCCCACCACCUGCUCGACCUCGUGUCCUCGCGGCCCGGCCACCGUAUCUCGUGCCCCGAGCUCCUCGCCGACAAGUCCGUCCACAAGAUGUUUGGCUCCGCGGACGCCGCGCUCGCCUUCCUCCGCAGAUACCACACCCUGUUCGUGCUCUCCCGCCGCGGUGGAGGCGGUGUGUCCCUCACGGACGCGGCGCUCGGCCUCCGGUGCCGGGAACUGGACUGCCUGGACGCCUCGGAGCCCGACCUGCUCGCUUGCCUCCGCCGCCUCCUCAUGCUCACCCUGUCGCGCUCGCUCCCGCUCCACACUGUCGACCUUCUCCGCUGGGACUUGGGCCUGCCCCGCGACUACCGCGCCUCGAUCCUCAGUCGCCAGCCUGACCACUUCGCCCUCAAGCAGCCCGAGGGUGACGAGCGCAUCUGGCUCCACCUCCUCUCCUGGGACGACCGUCUGGCUGUCUCGGAACUCGAGAAGGCUGCGGCGGGCGGCGACACCACCUGCCUCCCAUUUCCGGUGAGCUUCACGAGGGGGUUUGGCCUGAGGAGCAAGUCUAUGGACUGGCUGAAGGAGUGGCAGAAGCUUCCAUACACUAACCCAUACACCGACGCCUCCGGCCUUGACCGUCGCACUGAUGUGUCAGAGAAGCGGAAUGUGGGAGUGUUCCAUGAACUGCUGCACCUCACAUUGGCAAAGAGGACAGAGCGCCACAACGUGAGCAACAUGAGGAAGCUUCUUGGCAUGCCACAGAAGUUUACCAAGGUAUUUGAGCGUCACCCGGGCAUUUUUUACCUCUCAAGGAUACAUGGCACACAGACAGUUGUACUCAGGGAAGCUUACGGUGGCACGAGCCAGCUGCUUGAGAAGCAUGCACAUCCACUUGUUGCUAUCAGGGAGGAGUAUACCACCAUGAUGAGGGCUGCAUUGCCACCAAGGAGGAGCAGAGAAAGCUUCAAAUAUUGUGGUAACUGGAUGAGGAAAGUGAGGGAGAAGAAGGAACUGAACUCUCUUAAUGAUGUCUGGUAGGCUCAAUUGAUUCUUAGUGCACCUGAAUGAAGCAAAGCUAGUGACUUGAGAGAAUGGAUGCUCUCUGAUGGUUCAGCAGCUACGAUUUGGAGAUUGAAAAAUGGAAUAUACUCCCUCUGUUCCAAAAUAAUUGAAGUUAUAGGAAUUCAGAAGGAACCUCUUGGAGCAUUUCAGCUGGUGAAGAGCUGGGGGAUCUCUAGAGGAAUGAAGAACGCCUGGUCACAACAGCGGGAACAGGGACAUCUGCCAGUUUAUCUGUGGUUGUUCAUCACCGAAGACGAGAUAAUACAGUGGCCUAACCACACUUUGGAAGAGCUUAGCUCUUUCUUGAUGCAUGUUAUUAAUAACUGUGGGCUGCAAUGCUUCAUGUAAUUAAGGCUUAUUUGUGGUUAGAUGUCAGGCAGUGCUAAGAUGUUCACCAAUUGACCAUUUCCUCAAGCUUUUGCCCCAAAACUGGUUCGUUUUAAUGCAUGUUCCUGAAAGACUGUAAUGUUGUGUUGCAUGUUCCUAAAAGAC